GCGCCCCCCAUCCCCGCCCCCCUUGUCCCCCGGGGCUUCGGCGGCUCCCCCCGACGGAGCUGCAGGACGAGGCGGAGGAAGACGAGGCGCUGCUCUCGACCACGCCCGCUCGAGGAGGCAACGCGCCUCCGCCGCCGCCACCCGGCGCGAAGAAGGCGAAGGGCGGCCGCGCGGGGCAGAAGGCCGGCGCAGAGGUGGAGGAGCUGCGGCGGGAGGUGGAGUCUCUGAGGAAGCAGCUCGGCUCGCGGCCGAUCGUCUUCCAGUUCGCCGACCGCGGGGGUGGCAUCGACGAGGGCGAGUCGGCCGACGAGGAGGUGGAAGAUGGCGGCCAGCCUCUUGACCACGGCUUAUCAUCGGCAUCGCGCGGAAGGAAGAGGGGAGCAUCGUCGCGCCCGCGUGCGCGCUGGGGUCGGGCGGGCGGGCGGGCAAGGUCGGAUCUGACAGUGCGGUGUUCCAGCAUGGUGAUUGUCGUGUGAUGUAUUGAACUACUGGCAUCUACCUGAUGAGGUGCGCAGUGGUCCCGCAAAGCCGCGUCGAGGUCGCGGACAGGCGACGCAGCCAGCGGCCCCCUCGACGGGCGACGUGGCCCCCCCCAGGCAGGAGGGGUGCAGAUAUGCUUCUGGCCUGCAGAUAUGUUCCUGGCUUGCAGAUAUGCUCCUGUCAGGAGGGAAAGGAACAGACACAAUGAAUCGUCGACUCCCAGG